AUGUCUAAUAGCGAGCUGCGCAAAUUAACACGGCAGGAGCGACAACUGCACAAUGUAAUGGACACCAUGGAGGAAUUCGUUCAAAAUUACAGAGAAGAGCGAGACAAGAGUUCUUUACAGAUUCGUAUAAAAAAGUUAGAUGAGGUUUAUGAUCUGUACUGUGAAAUUCGGACGCGAAUAGAGCUGCUUCUAGAAGAUACCGAUGCUGGAGAGGAGUUCGUAGAUCCCGAUGAGUCGGAAGAGGCACAUCUCAGCAGAAUGGCGGUGAAUAAAGAAACACGGGAGCGGGAAAAUCGAAUGCACCUGAAAAACUUCGUGAGUGAAUAUUUCUUGUUGAAACAGUCGUUGGCAGAUCUUAUUUCACGAAACGCAGUGAAUUCCGCCAACAUUGUUCCCACCCCGAACGUGAAUCAGCAUCACUUCCCUGCUUCAAUGAUGCGCGUUAAACUUCCAGAGCUAAAACUACCAACGUUUAGUGGAAACUUGCGCGAUUGGAUGACGUUCAGAGAUACAUUCAAGAACCUGAUAGCAGACAAUGCGCAACUUUCCGAUGUGGACAAAUUUACCUAUCUUCGCACGUCAUUGUCCGGAGAAGCGCUACAAGAAAUAGGAUCGAUCGAAUUAACAGCGAACAACUAUUCGAUAGCCUGGAGAGCAUUGGAAUCGCGAUACGAAAAUAAGAAAUUAUUGGUCAAAUCUCAUCUCGACGCCCUGUUAGCGGUGGAUCAAAUGAAAAGGGAAAACUUUGAAUCACUGAACCACGUCAUUAGUGAAUUCGACAAGCAUCUGCAAAUGCUGAGCAAACUAGGAGAGGACACUGUAUCAUGGAGCACGAUUUUGGCUCACCUGCUGGCUAGCAAACUGGACAACACUACUCUGCGUUUGUGGGAAACUGAACAACGAUCGCGUGACGUCCCAAGGUACACUGUCAUGUUGGAAUUCCUAAAAAACCAUUGCAUUGUAUUACAACCGGUAGCACCAAGACAAUUUCAAUCAAUUGAAUCGCGAAAAUUGCAGCGCGUUGGGAGCAGCUACACAGGUACACCAACAGCCUGUCCAUUCUGUAGUGAUGAGAGACAUCAGGGAUUUCAGUGCACGAAAUUUAGGACAAUGAAGGUAGUGGACAGAAGAAACGCAGUUAAAAAUGCCCGGCUAUGCUUCAACUGCUUAUCACGAGGACACGUAUCCAAGCUCUGCACUAGGAGUUCUUGCAAAAUAUGUGGACAGCGGCAUCACACGAUACUGCAUCAAGGUUCAGCUCAGAUUGAUAGUAAUUCUCUAGUUCCACAGCCAUCGCGACCGCAAACGAAUCCGAAGAACCCACACACGACACAGACACAAACAACCUCACAAACACAAAAACAAACACGCAAUCAAACUCCUCAGCAAGACACCCUGCAACGAUCAUCCAGUCCUAUUGCCACCUCAAGCAUGCAUGUACAAACGCCACUCGCCACAAACACAACCACAAGUCACAAUGCUGCUAGUGAAAUUAAAGCACCACGAUCGAUAUUACUCGCAACGGCACUCAUAAUCAUCGAAGAUCACUUCGAAAACUCAACGUUCGCCAGAGCCUUGCUUGAAAGCGGCUCUCAGCUCUGUUUUAUCUCGGAGAACUUGUCUCAAAGGCUUAAGUUCAAACGAUAUCGUGAAAAUCUCUCUAUCAGUGGAAUUGGGCAAGCAAUCAAAAAAUGCAAACAAUCUGUUAUCGCCCGAGUCCGCUCUCGAGUGUCCCACUUCGUUGAAGAUGAAACGUUUUACGUGCCGCCACAAGUAACACAAACUCUACCCCUUGCUAGAAUAAAUCUCACCGGUAUGGAAUUGCCAAAUGACAUUAACCUCGCAGACCCAAAAUUCUACGAGCCAGGCUCGAUAGACAUCAUCAUCGGAGCGGGAUUAUUUUACGACAUACUAUCAGCAGACAAGAUCAACCUUGGAAGUGAUGGUCCAUCUGUGCAAAAUACUCUUUUUGGGUGGAUAGUUUGUGGGAAAAUUUCGGACGAUUUCAGACACGCUCAACCUGUUACUGCUAAUACGUGCAGCGAACGGUUAGAUGAACUUGGGAGGUUUUGGGAGCUUGAGACUUGUCGAUCCAACAGUGUUCACUCGGUAGACGAAUCAGCAUGUGAAGCAUGGUCUGAUCGUACCACAGUCAGAGACUAA